AAGCAGAGUGUGAGAGAGUGGGAACUCCAUUGCGUUUAGAUCAUUUUCCUCAUCCUGCUUCUUCCUCGUUCUGCUUCUUCCUCGCUCUGCUACUUGCCUCUGCAUGCUGCUGCAAAGAUCGACGCGUAAUGGAGUGGAGCAAGCAGUAGCGGCGGCCGCGGCCGCAGAAUUGUAGUAGCGUUUGUUCUGCAGAUGGGCAAGGCUGGCAGGUGGCUCAGAAGCUUCCUGACCGGCAAGAAGGCCAAGGACAGGGGGGCAGACGAGCCGGCCGCCAAGGAGAAGAGACGCUGGAGCUUCCGGCGUCCCGCGGCGUCGGUGAGCGCCAGGGACACGAGCAGCGCCACGUCCGGCUGCCACGGCAAGGGCCAGCUCGCGUCCGCGUCGUCGCACUGCUUCUCGGAGGUGCAUGUGGUGACGGUGCAGGACCAGCAUGCCGUCGGUGCUGCGCCGCGCGUGGUCGCGAUCACCGCGGCCACGGCGCCGCCGGAGGGCAGCGCCCGUGACGCCGAGGAAGCCGCGGCCGUCAAGAUUCAGUCGGCCUUCCGAUCGUACCUGGCGAGGACGGCACUGUGCGCGCUGCGAGGGAUGGUGAAGCUGCAGGCCAUCGUGAGGGGCCAGCUGCAUAGAUAUGUAGCAGGUCGGGCCAGCAACCUGCCUGUUUACGCUCUUACGAUCUGCUACGAAACGAUGGGGACAGCCGUCGCCCACGCUGCGCUCCGCUGCGGCAUCAAGUUCAACCCGACGCCCGAGGAGGCCAUCGGCUUCUACCUCCGGCGCUGGGUCCUCCGCCAGCAGCUGCCGGACACAGCCGGCGUCAUCCACGAGGCAAGGGUUUACGCAUCGGAGCCCAAGGACCUUGCCGCCGCGUUCCCUCGGGUUCCCACAACCCAUAACCGCUUCUUCUUCACCACGUGCAAGCGGCAGAAAGCCGGGCGUGGCUACAGGAUCUCGCGCGCGGCCGGCGCCGGCGCCGGCGGAUGGGCUUCGAACGGCAAGAAGACGGUUCAGAACGACGCCGGCGAGACGAUCGGCUUCCUCGACACCCUUCGCUACGCGUACAAGGACACGAGCAAAGAGUCGGAUUGGUUGAUGGAGGAGUACCACAUCUGCGGCCUGGACCAGUUCGCCGUCGACGACAAGGGGGAGGAGCGCGUCCUCUGCAGGGUCUACGUCUCGCCUGGUUCGAAGCCGGGGUCCGUCACGUACCAGCAAUCUGAAGCAGGGGAUCAUCUUCUCCUUGGACCACGGCAACCGCAGGUGAUCCACAAGUCAGCGCUCCCGCGUCCGCAAGAAGCAAGGCAGCCGCAGGUGAUCCAGAAGCCAGCGCCGCUGUGUGCCCUUGAUAAACGCCGCGUCGCGGUGCCUGCGACCAUGAUGACCACCAUGCCCACGCAGCAGGCGCCAAAGAGGCCGGCGCAAUCCAUCGCCGAGCCGCCUCGCCCCAAGCGGGUCCGCGCUUCUGCUGCUGUCCCCGCGCCCGCGGCGUCCGCAGCAAUGUCGGCGGCAGUUCGACAAGCCAUCGGUGGGUGGAACUCUCCGAAGCGACCGUCCUGGUAUCCUUCGGAGCCGCCGGCUUUCCUGUCGGCGCCGCCGCCUCAGCGCCAUGCGGCAAUAAGCCCCCAUAAAUCAGAUCCCGCGCUGACCAAGGACAUGGACGACUUCGCGAGGUCACUAGAGAGCGAUCUUGAAAUGGCAGAGGACCAGAGCACCAUUCAACAAGGAGGCCACGAGAGCACGAUCCAAGAACAAGCUGGCGACGACGAGCUGGCCAGCGGGUCGGAGUCGCAGCCCCCAGAGGUUGACAUGAGCGACUUGUUGAGCUGGUUUGAUUCGGACGCAGACGAGUUGGCAGAGGCCAGGGAACACGUCCAAGAUGAACAAGAAGACCAGCCUGAGCCUGCGAGGACACUGAAAGGCUUGGUGGCUGACGAGCGAGGAGACGACGUGAUAGCACAAGACGUGUUCGAUGCGCUCGACAGCAUCGGCAAUGGCGAUGGCCUGAUCAGCGACGGUGGAGACGCGGAGGAUUGGCUCACCCUGCCUCUUUCAGCCUACAAUGGCAUCAUGUACUAAGUACAGUAGCUCGACGAACAGAGACUGUAAUUUGCUCCUCCAUAUGUACGUACGUAUCUCAACAUUUGUCAAA